UCCCUCGACCCUUAUUUCGAGACGAUGCAACAGUAAUCAGGAAAGCAAUGACUUCGGCAGUAUCCUACCUCAAGUUAGUCAUGAGAGCUCUUUUGAUGGACUGGAAGGGCUUCCUAACUCAGGCGGAUUUCUCGAAGGAAUCGAUAUUUUUGGUUACUUGGGAGGAGAAAAUGGAUGGAGCGAGGGUCCUGAGAUACGGACCCGUGGAGAAUCGGAGGAGGAAUGGCUUGGUGUACCAAUGUCUGGCCAAUUCCCCAUUUCUAACUGGCUGUCAGAUAGGCUCAAUAACACCCGCAGUGAUGCUGGGCCUAUUUCAACACCUGAUCAGCUUGGGGAACCUGAAGUUACCCGUCUUGACCAACAUAAUCCCGAUUCAGGUUUGAAUAUAGACCGGGAUUUAGGUCUAUUAUCGUCACCGAAUUUUGCCACUCCGAACUCGAUAUUCCUCUCAUGGCUACCCGAAGAGCAGGAUAUACAAGUGAUUGAUACGUCUCCUGGACGCAUUUCACUAGAGAAUUCCAUGCUGUCACAUUUAACAUGCAAUACAUGCGGCAAAUCUUUCUCCUCUCAAGGUAGAUUGAAUUCACACAAUCACCGCCACGAGAAAAAGCAUCGUUGCAUGCAAUGUGACAGAAGAUUCUCAGAAUCGAGAGAUCUGCGUCGCCAUAUCCAAUCAGUACAUGAGCGAAUAUGGGAUCAAUGUCCACAAUGUGGGAAGAGAAUGAAAAGACGCGGUGACAACUUACAACGGCAUAUGAGACGAUACUGCAAGAACAGACGGCGUAACUUAGUUGGUUAAAAAGGCCACUUGCACAGAGGUAGCACAAAAUGUAAUGGAUGGCGACUUUUUCUGUCCGCCAGGAUCGAUAUCCAGGGGAACUAUACGUUCGUUAAGGCUUCUAGGUGCCCUUACUACCCGACGCGGGACUCAUUGAUAGAGUCCUCCGUCGGGUAGUGAAGGCACCUAUCAACGCAGUCCAACUUAACGUCUC